ACUUCACUUCACAUCUCAUCAACGACCACUCACUUCGAUACAUCCACUCAUCUGUCGAUUCAUGACAAGACCUCCAUCCUGAACAAAUCCAGUCCAUCAUGUCCUGGAUACCGGACAUGCCGCCGUGACAAUGGUUGCCUCGAGCCUCUGCCGCGUGGUGGCGACUGCAUGUGCACGACGACCAGCAACAUGGGUCACGUUCAAGUCGGCCGUCAUCGUCCGCCAUCCCCUUCAUCAAAUCCGCAUGCACUCUCACCACCGCCAGUUUCUGCGCCCAACCACGGCUUCAUCUGCCCCACGGCCGGCCGUGACGGAACAACCAGACCGUCCCUCCCAAACUCCAGAGGACGGCAAAGAAGUCGUGUCUCUUCCUAGACGCCUCACACGCACCAACCCUCUGAAUAUGACAGCUAUGGCGAAAAAGUGGCAAAAUCUCCGAAGGGCUACAAGGAAAGCUCUGAGGUGCCUCACUGAUACCAACAAAUCCCAAAAACAUCGUGAGAAGGCGAUCCAAGUCCUGGCCCGCUCCUACGGUAUGAUAUGGCACUUCCACACAAACAUCAAGCGCCAUACAAUCGAAUACAGAGACUUUGCAGUUUGUCGUAGCGCCGCCGUGGACGUUACCAAAUCUGCAGUACGGGCCCGGGAAGCCCUGGAGGAGGCCCAGGUCAAAUUCGACGAGGCGCAAAUGGACCUAGACCUUGCCCAGGCUCAAGCCGCGGAUGCCCAACAUGUAGAACUCAAGGCUGAGCAUGUCAGAAACCGUAAAGCUGCGCUUUUGGCGCGAGAAAAAGAGUUCCGAGAGGCCGACGAGGCAAUUCUGGUGUCAUCAGGCAUCUCCCUCAACAUACCAUUUCCAAAGCAGUGCAGACAAGCGGAAAUCAAGGGACAGGACUAUGAGUGGAUGCUUGGUGCCAUUGAUGAGAUACAAAAGUAUCGCGAUAUGUUACUCACGAACAUUAAGCAACGCCCCGCUGCCUCCGUCGUUGCAGACAAACUCAACCGUUCCCGCAAGGCAGGGACAAAAACGGCGGCGACGCCAGUCGAGCAAUCGGGAAACAAAGAGAUAGAGCAACUGAUCGAGGAGGAGGACGAGGCAGGGCAGGACGUUGAUAUGGAAAGCAUCAGAGAGCAACCUGCACCCAUUCAAGAGUAUGAGGACAAGCCCGAGCGCGUCCAAACCCUCGAAUCGUCUAAGCCUUACCAGCGCCCGACCAUCAGACUCACUGAGGCGACCGCCAUUUCCAAGAAGCCCAUCCAGCUCAAGGAUUCCCUGGCCGACCACUACCCCAUCAUUUCCUUUCCCUUCAAAGUAACCACAACCGUCAUGUUGACGCUCCAUAAGCUGUUUGAAGAGUGUUGCUACCAAUUUGCCCUCGUACACAUCCCCCACCACCUGGCCGAGCAAAAUUGGGACUGCCCCGAAGCCGUCGAGUUGAGCACGUGGCACAAGAUCUUCAGCGAGCUGCUCCAGACCGAUGCCGACCAUGUCUUCGCCUUCGACACGGGCUCCACGUUUGAGACAACUGUGCCCGCGAGCCGCCGCGUCAUUUAUGUGAACAACCACCUUUUCACCCUCAAAGACAUUCGCAACCAGGCAGUCCAUCCUAGGCCCCUCAACCCCAUGGCGCUGCCCAAAAUACUCCGCCGCGCCGGCGAGCUCGCGCGCCUGUUCCGCGACCGCCGCCUUCAGCAGGACAUCGAGCGGCUCUCCUCCGAGAUCAACCGCGUUUUGACGGCCGUGAAGACCCGCCGGGCCGAAAGCCUCAAGAAAGGCCGUACGUAUGAACUGUACCGCCAGAUCGUGGCAGACAAGGUUGCCAUCCAGCGUGUUCGGAAUCUACUGGCCGACCGACAAGUCUCGGCCUCCUCAGAAGAGCACUGGGCCGCGUGCACCAUGUUCGAAAAAGACAUAGAAAGCCUGUUGGAGGCGUUACAGGUUGCUAUUCAGGCAGAUGAGGAGGCCAGACUCGAGGCCGAACUCCCGCCGCUCGUCGAGAUGGCAGAAAAGAUGGCCGCGGAGGUGGAAAAGAGGAACGCGGAAAUGCAGCUAAGGCUGGAGGCGGUGCGCAAGUCGAGAGCGGACAUGGUGCUGAGGAAGAUGCAGUUUUUGUUGAGCAAGCAUGCGUGGAGAAUGAAGACCGACAGGUUUCCGUUUAUGAACCUGUCGGAACGGAAGAGGGAGCUUGGUGGUGUGGGUUCGUCGCCUCUUCCAUCGGCUGAUGAGCAGGGAGGGCCGCAGGAAAAGCUUGAACCGUAUGAGCGUCAGGGGCAUCGCGAGCAACCGGACGAGAAAACCGGUUUUGGACCACCUGGUUUGACCAAAUCGUCCUACGCGUACAGAUCCAUCAUCAGGAACGCCUUGACUCAGGAUUUACGGAGAGAGGAGCGCGAACUCGAACGCGAGCAGGCCAACGCCGAUGUUGAUGCGCACGCCAAUGUCACGAGCAUGUCUGCCGACGUGGAACGAUUUAGGCUAGGAUCUGUAUCCUCUCUACCAGGGGAAGAAGAGUGGUAUGACGAGGCUAUGAGCGAGUCCGAAAGCGGCGACUGGGGCCCAGACGGCUACCACAUGACUACCAGCGGGUUCUUCGAAAUGCUGGAGAAGAGGAAAAGGCUACCCUUGGAAGAUUCCAAGCAGCGGGCGAUGAAGGAGAUGGCGGCUGCGGCGGUGAAGGCGACAAAGGCGGAGCAGGAAGGGGAAAAGGAGGAGGAGCAAGUUGACGCCGGAGAACGCCCUCGCACGACAGCAGCUGAUGAGAUCAUGUUUAACAGUUUAAUGGAUAAAUACGAGGCUCUGUGCGAGGAAGUUCUCGUGAAGAAUGAUAUGUCGCGGAGAAUCGCAUUCGAGAAGAAGUGCGUUAGGCAGAGAAAGACAAUGGAGAGCAAGAUGAAACCGUUAAGGGAUGAGAGGAUCAUGAUACUGAAGGAGAUGAAAGUGUUGAAGGAGAAAAACGGGAGGCUGAAGAUGGAGAUGGAGAAAGCGAGGGAGGUAAAACAUCAACAGGUGGGAAAAAACGAGGAGGUGGACGACAACAAAAACGAACUCGAACCCGCCACAGCCGCCGCCGCCGCCGCCGCCGUCGAUAAAGUCGUCGACAAUGAAGCUGCGCUCAACAUGGGCAUAAAGGCACUGACGGAGUUGGCUAUUAAGGAGAAAGAAAACGCGGGAAAGUUGGAAAUCCUGUCAGCGAGAAAGGGAAGGAUUAAAAAGGUCUUAAAAAAGCUGAGAGGACUCGACCCGGCUCGAUCCGUCACCUCCGUCAAGAUCGGCCACACAGAAGAGGCUGCCAACGAUGAUCACCCGUCCAGUCACGUCGAGGUUACCGACGCCGAUGUCGAUACCAGCAUGGAGCUCACCGAGGCCGAGGCCGAGGGCUGGAGGUCCAGUAUUGAGGAGGCCGUUGACGCUGACAUCAUGGGUGCUUCUUCCUUUGAGAAUCCCAAGCAGGCAGCUAUGGAGGCGUUUCUUGCUAUGGAGGAGAUUCUGGAGGAGGCUAUGCCCGACGUCACCACUGGUCCCGAGGCUUCUGAUGAGGUUACUCCUGCCGGAGAGGUCGCUACAUCAAAGGCCUCCAUCGUCGAACCUUCCGAUACUGAGACCUUCUCCUCCUCCACCGCUGUGUCGGCCGAUCCCGAGACUGUUGCCCCCCCGGAGGAUAGUGCGGAAGAGGCAGCUAUGUCAUCAGACCUCAACGAUACCAUCAUCCAGAACGCUGUGCUUGAAAGCACACCCGUUCAAGAUGCUCCCGAGGAAGAGGCAACCACUCAAGAGAUGCCUUCAGACGAGAAGACCCCAUCAUUGUUCGUUCCGACGCCGAGACCACCGCGGGGGAGGUCUCUGACGAAUCUGGCUCUUUAUGUCUCUCGAAGGACGCAGCCAGUCGUGGGUGUGACGGAGGAUCUGAAGCACGAACUUGAGGAGGAUCUGGACGAGGGAGUGAAGGAGGUUGUCAAAGAGGAUGUGAAGCAGGAGCUGAAUGAGGACAUAGUUGAGGAUUCAAAGGAGGAUCUGGAGGAGGAUCUAAAUGAAUAUCUGGAAGAGGGUCCAAAAGACGAUGUGAAAGAGGACCUGCAGGAGGACCUGAAAGACGAGCUGACCGACGAGCUGACGCGGGAUCUAGAAGGGGAUUUGAAGGACAAGCCCAAUGAGGAUAUGAAGCCCGAGGCUGAGACUAAGGAUGUGAACAAAGAGGAGGAGGCGGCGUCACAGGCUAGAGAAAAGUAGUUUUCACAAGGAAGUGAAACCAAGGUGCCGAAAAUGGGCCAUGUCGUUGGGAUGUAUCUAUGGAAUGUGUAAGAUAUAUUUUCAUUUCGCUGUAUUCUACUUGAGUCUAGGUAAUAUCUUCACAUCUAGAGGCUUCUACAGUGGGCUUUCUACAUCUACAUAGUGGGGUCUUCAUACAUACAUACAGUUGAC